AUGUCCCCCGCUACACCUGACUACACUAAAGAUUCAUCGGAUAAAACUUUGACUAAUGGAGGUGACAUGAGCACCCAGCUGUGCAACACAGACCCAUCUGUGCAACACAGACCCAGCUGUGCAACACAGACCCAGCUGUGUAACACAGACCCAGCUGUGCAACACAGACCCAGCUGUGUAACACAGACCCAGCUGUGCAACACAGACCCAGCUGUGCAACACAGACCCAGCUGUGCAACACAGUCCCAGCUGUGCAACACAGUCCCAGCUGUGCAACACAGACCCAACUGUACAACACAGACCCAGCUGUGCAACACAGACCCAGCUGUGCAACACAGACCCAACUGUGCAACACAGACCCAGCUGUGCAACACAGACCCAGCUGUGCAACACAGACCCAGCUGUGCAACACAGACCCAGCUGUGCAACACAGACCCAACUGUGCAACACAGACCCAGCUGUGUAACACAGACCCAGCUGUGCAACACAGGCCCAGCUGUGCAACACAGACCCAGCUGUGCAACACAGACCCAGCUGUGCAACACAGACCCAGCUGUGCAACACAGACCCAACUGUGCAACACAGACCCAGCUGUGUAACACAGACCCAGCUGUGCAACACAGACCCAGCUGUGCAACACAGACCCAGCUGUGCAACACAGACCCAGCUGUGCAACACUAG